AUGCCUCCGUGGAAAAAUAUACAACAGGUUCUGAAGGACAGGGCAGAUUCCGAGAACCCAGGACGCCUGUUCUGCUACUCAUUCGGCAAUACCCGCAUCCCCAAGGAAAUUACUUACACAAGCCUGUUCAAUGUAGCCAAGAUUACUAGCUGCACCAUUCAACGACUCAAGCAAUUCCGGAUUGGGCAUCCGAUAUUGUUACACUUUGACGAUCAUUGGGAUGUUAUCCUGUGGUUUUGGUCCGUUCUGUUGGCUGGCGGUUUGCCAGUCCUCUCGUCCUCCUUCAGCAACAUUGAAGAGGAACGUCACAGGCACAUUCAGAACCUGUCGACUCUCCUGGAGUCUCCGAUAUGUUUCACCAGAUCGAAAUUCCUGCCUUUGUUUGGCAACAGCCACGAUAUACAUCUACAUUCCAUCGAGAGCGUGAUUGACAACCUUGAACACGGAUCCUCUCAUGCCGACAUUCCGCGUACCAAUGGCGAAGACCAUGAGGCUGAAAACCAUCGGGAUGGCCAAAAUAAUGGCGCCACAAAUUUGCUGAUGCUUAUGUUGACCUCUGGAAGUACAGGUAACGCGAAGGCCGUCUGCUUCACACACGAACAAGUUCUGGCUGCAGUUGCCGGAAAGGCUUCGCUACGCGUGUUUCCUCGGGACCGUCCAUUCUUGAACUGGAUCGGCCUAGAUCAUGUCGCCGGCCUGCUUGAGAUCCAUCUACAGGCAUUAUGGCUCGGUGUUGAUCAAGUCCACGUCAGCGCUGCUGAUGUCGUGACAUCUCCUAUAACAUUCUUAGAACUAAUCAGUCGACAUCGGGUUGCUCUGACGUUUGCUCCAAAUUUCUUCUUGGCCAAGUUGGUCGCCACUUUCGAGUCAAUUCAACAGAGCCUAGAGCUGGACCUCUCGAGUCUGGUCAGCGUAAACUCCGGAGGCGAGGCAAAUGACAUCAAAACUUGUGUCGCAGCAUCCAAAUUAUUCUCGAAACAUGGAGGUCCUCACGAUGUUAUCACCGCUGGUUUUGGAAUGACGGAGACGUGUGCCGGGGCGAUUUUUAACACCAAAUGCCCCGAGUACGAUGUCUCUCAAGUUUACGCAGUAGCAUCUCUUGGUCAAUGUAUACCUGGAAUUGAAAUGCGUAUUGUUACAUCUAAAGGACAGGUAGCUGCAUCCGGCGAGUUGGGCGACCUAGAGGUUCGUGGCAAGGUUGUCUUCAAGGGCUACUACCGUGACGAGACUGCGACAAAGCAGGCGUUUGCGCCUGGCCAUUGGUUUCGAACUGGCGACCGGGGGUUCAUCGACUCAAAUGGUAACCUCAAUUUGGUGGGCCGCGCCAAAGAAGUCAUUAACAUCAAUGGCAUUAAGAUUGUCGCCGCCGACGUCCAAACUGCUGUGGAGAAUGCCUUGGGCGACCGCGUCGCUCGCCUCGUCGUCUUCUCUACCCAGGCAUCGCAUACAGAGCAGAUGACGGUUGCUUACAUUCCCAAGGAGUUCCCUAUUGGGGAUCAGGAAAUAAUGGACAUUGCUCGUCUGAUUACCCAAGCUUGUGUGGUUCGCACCGCGAGUAGGCCAUUGGUGUUUGCUCUGCGAGAGCAAUCCAUACCACUUCUUCCGGUGUCUACCCUAGGGAAGAUAUCGAGGCUCAAAGUGUCACGGCUGUUUAAAGACGGUGAAUUCGCUGCGGAUGUCGAUUUUCACCAUGAGGCAAUACUACGCGCAUCCAGGGCAGCCAAGCAGAUGUACAUGAAUGGAUCAAAGCCAGCAAGCCUGAUUGAAGCAGCUCUCAUCGCCAGUAUUGCCGAAACUCUAAGCGAAGAUCCAGACGUUCUUGACAUCACUCCUGAAACGUCUCUGUUCGAUAUCGGAUUCACAUCGAUGCACGUUAUCAAACUCAAGUAUCACAUUAAGCAGCGGCUUGGAAUCGAUGUGCCUGUCAUUCUCAUCAUGAAGAAUCCUUAUUUUAGGGCGCUGGCGGCUGACAUCGACGCCUACCUGAGGCAGUCAAAGGCAGAUUCUGAUCACCCAGCAACCAUCGAGGAUUACGACCCAGUCGUCAUUAUCCGCGGCGAAGGAUCGAAAACACCACUCUGGAUGAUUCAUCCUGGUGUAGGCGAGGUCUUAGUUUUCAUCGGAUUGGCUCAGUGCCUUGCGCAAGACGAUCGACCAGUUUUCGCUUUGCGCGCAGCUGGCUUCGAGCCUCCUUACCAACGCUUCGAGAGUAUCACGCAGACUGUUGAUAUCUAUACUGCGGCUAUCUGUCAACGCCAACCACGCGGUCCCUAUGCUCUAGCAGGCUAUAGCUACGGUACAAUGCUCGCAUUCGAAAUCUCAAAGCGGCUGAAUGCCGAUGGCAACGAAGUUGGCUUGCUCGGAUCGCUCAACUUACCACCACAUAUCAAACAACGUAUAAGUACGCUAGAAUGGAAUGUUUGCCUGCUGCAUCUGAGUCACUUCCUGGGCCUCAUUACCGAAAAUGUUUCGGAUCAAUAUGAGGCAGAUCUGGUCUAUCGCGGGGUGUCACCCACCGAGGCUAUUGAAAUCGUAUACAACAUGGCGGACAAAUCACGCUGGGAUGAGCUGAAGCUGGAAGCGGAUUCUCUGGCUCGUUGGGUUAAUGUCGCGUUUGGGCUCCAGCGAAUGGCGAGCGACUAUUAUCCAUCUGGCCAGGUGAAGAGCCUUGACAUCUUCUAUUGCACGCCAUUGAAAGCAAUCGCAGACUCUCGUGAGACAUGGCGAGAUAAGUACUUGAGGCGAUGGGCCGAUUUUGUUCAUGAACCACCAAGAUUUCAUGCCGUAGACGGCGAGCAUUACACUAUGAUAGGCGCUGAUCAUGUUGCGAGCUUUGCACAAACCCUAAUGCAGGCACUGAAAGCGAGGGGCCUUUGAGGAGCAGUCAUUGGUGAUCUGAUAAGCGGAAAUCACUCUAAGCUUUUGUGAAAGAUGUAGUCAUCUAGAGAUGAUUCUAUCAUUGAUUGUUUUGUUAUUGAUAUUUACAUUCCUUUGUUCCCCUGCUCCUCAUUCUCCUAUCGCCGUUCGAGCUUCUCAUGUACUAAUAAUCUUUGUUGUGAUUUGAAAUUCAUCCUAAACAUACCUAUCAUCCUAGCCUACUCGUAGAUGUACACACAGAUAGUCCGUCAAUUUUCCUUUCAACCUUCCGUACUGUUGUGAUAACCUCGAGGGAUGUUUGAACAAGGUAAUCCAGAAAACAAAGUAAAUGUUCGAGGCCCCAAUUUAAUUCCUUCAAGGUCAAGGCAUACUGCGUCUACUGCUUAUCAAUACGAUCAGACACUUGCUAUUCGCCUGUGGAUG